AUGUUUCUACCGUUGGUAAACUCGAAAACAUCGUCUGUGUCUAGUUCGGCACUGGACGCGGUGGCGAGACGGGCGUCGCCGGCGGAGGACGAUGAGGACGCCAUCAACGUCAAAAUUCUUGUCAACGACAUCACUCCGGCGAGUUCUCAGGAGUUCCUCCAAGCGUCAAACCCAUCAUCACGAAGGUCCUCGGCCAGCGACGUUCGGCACAGCCCUUCCGGAAAUUCAAUCGGAGGCAACACAGCCCAGCGUCUUGCGAAAAAACAUCUCCAACAGAGUCCGGAAAGUCAGCGUCGGCAGAGUUGGAGUGACUUAACGAAGGCCGGAGUCGCCGCCAGUUCAGCUGCGACUGGCGGCAGCAGCAGCAUAUCCAGCAGCGGCAGCCCGAAGGGUAAAAGGUCGCACCGGUCACCCAUAAAACUGCAACGAAGUGUGAGUCUGAACAGUUUAGAGACAGCAGGCGAAAGCGGAGGACCUGAAAUCGCCGAGAAGUCAGAUGUUCACACCUCGGGUACCGAGCAGCAGGGGAUCAACGCCAAACAGCAGUCUCCGGGAGGCAAUGCGGCGAAACCCCCGAGUGGGGCGAGUCAACAGGUUCCGCAACCGAGAGGCGUCCCGACACAAUUACCACUUUCUGGUGAACACAAUUACUCUAUGCAACCCCCUCCUUCCCCUAGAACGCAUCGGUCGGCGAGCAGUGGCGAGGCCAUGUUGCUCCUCAAUCGCCGCGAGGAUUUGCAAUCAGGGGCCACUUCGAUUCUGGGCGGGGCAGCAGCGCCCUUGGCCCCGAAGAUGGUGAAACCCCUUCCACCGGGAGUGCAAAGCAAGAAAGAUCAUUCAUUGCAAAAAAGUAUCUCCACGCCAUCCAUUGUUGUUGCGCAAGAAACUCUCAUCCAGCACUCCCAAUCGGACAGCCGCGUGGAGGAACACCCGCUCCUCGUUCACCAGCUGAGCGUCGGGAAUCAAAUCCACCUGAGGGUCGGGGCGCCGCAUAAGAACCUCCUGCUGCACAGCCAGAGGUCUAAAGUCCAUCUCCUCGAGGAGGAGGACGAGUUUGACGAUUCAUCCCCCGUUCACGACUAUGUGGCUUCGGUGUACCGUUCGCAGAGUGCCACUGGUCGCCCGGUGGCUGCGUCCGGUCUCCUCAACAGCAACGCAACCUCUGCUUCCGCUGCCGACUCAGACGAUGAGAAGUUUAUUGGCAAACGAACCAAGAAACGAGGGAGUCUUUUCUUCAGGAGGAAAAAGGCUAAGGACUCGAAAACGGGAUCACCGACGCCGUCCGGGGGAACGCCAUCGCCCCCACCCGCGAGGGCAUUGGGUCAUCAAUUCGUGGCGGUUCCGUUCAACAGCGCUUCCGUUCAAUGUCACGUGUGCUCCAAGUCUCUUACCAGCAAGGCUGUCUUGCGUUGUGAGCUUUGCCUUGUCGCGGUACAUGAACACUCGUGCCGGGACCAGAUCGCCGACUGCACCAAGUUCAAAUCGUUGCUCCCUAAGAGUAUGCUGAUCAAUAAGUCUGCAAGUCAGCUAACCGGAAAAGAUAGAUCCACCGCUAAUCUUGCAUCAGCUUUGAAGUCCAGCGCGUCAAGUCUCAGCAGCAAAGACCGAAAACAGGGCACCAGCUCUCGAAGCAACUUGCAAAAUGCACCUCUGCAGAACGACACCACAGGCGGUUCCAGCAAGGAGUCGUCGCCAAGUUCUGCAGCCAAGGGCACCACGGAUGAACUUGACUCGCCGUAUGGACUGCACUGUGAGAUGAGCGACUACUACGCUCAGAACCUCAACAUGCAAGAUGUCAAUUCGGCCUCGAUGGAAUCUUUGGAUAGCGGAGCGUCCGUCGAAGAACUCGCCGAGAUCGACGAUCCAUAUCUGCGACUUCUCGACGACGAGCCACAGCAAUGGAGUGCGACUGUUGAUAAAAAGGUCAUCAAAAAACUCAAAGAGCGUGAUGUUAAGCGUCAGGAGGCAAUUUACGAACUCAUCUUAACGGAGAAGCAUCAUUAUCUCACGCUCAGGAUAAUGGAGAAGCUGUACUACGACGGAAUGCUAUCGGAGCUGCAGUUGGCUCCUGAAGUGGUCAAUAAAAUGUUCCCCCGCCUGGGGGAGCUCCUCGCAUUCCAUGGUGAUUUCUUGAAGUCACUGCGAACCAGACAAAGCCAAGCCAAUCCGGACAACCAGACCAUUGACAGUGUCGCCGACGUUCUCAUUCACAUGUUCCAGGCAGAGAAUGCGACAAAGAUGCUCAACGCAUACGGCGACUUUUGUUCGAAACACAAAGACGCCGUUGCGGUCUACAAGGAAAUCCUCAAAGCCGACAAGAAAUUCACCAUCUACGUCGCUAAACGAAGCCGUCUCGCCUUGUGCAAGGGACGAGGCAUUCCAGAAUGCAUUCUCCUGGUAACGCAACGACUCACCAAAUAUCCUUUGCUCAUUGACGCUCUCAUAAAAAGUUCCAAAGAUCAUCCGGAAGAGAUCGAACGACUGAAGACCGCUCAAAUACUCAUAAAGGACGUCAUCAACGGAGUUAACGCCCAGGUCGCUGAAGCUGAACGUGACGCACGACUUCUCGAAAUUUAUCAUAAGAUCGAUGCGAAGUCUAGCGCGUACUUGAAAGACCACAAAUUCAAGAAAUCCGAUCUGCUGUCAAGUAAUAGGAAGCUCAGAUACGAGGGGACGAUUUCUCUGAGGAAUGCCCGCGGGAAACAAAUAGAUGUGACUGCAGUAAUGUUGUCAGAUGUCAUAUUCUUCUUGCAAGAGAACAACCAAAAAUAUAUUUUCGCUGCUUUUGAUAACAAGCCAAGUGUUAUAUCUCUGCAUAAGCUCUUGGUUCGCGAAAGAGCGGGCCAGGACGCCAGGGCUCUAUAUCUCAUCUCAUCGAAUGCAGAGGUUCCCGAAAUGUUCGAGUUCAUCUGCGGGAGCCCUAAGGAAAAAGGCGUAUGGCUCGAGGCUAUCCGCAAAGCCAUCGAGACGUGUCCAGCAGAGACCGAUGAUUCCCAAGAGAAAGAUGCCGAAGAAGUGGCUCGCAGCGAUCGACUGCGUCGCUUGCAGAUUUCCCUUCAUGAUGGGGACCGACAGAUCGCCCAGAUAUGCCAAGAGAAGCUGGCUAUCCUCUCCGAGAUGUUGGAAACGAUCGGAGUGGAUCAGGAGACCAUUGAUAAGCUUAACCCCCGAGACUUCAAGUACACCGACCUUCUUCAAAAGUUGUCGCCGGAGGAGACUAAUCAGAUGUUGCUCACGGCAGCUAGUCAAGUACAUCAAAUAUUCGCGCAAAUUCCAAUACCACAACUGUUCUCCACUGCUAAUGCGGCCGAGGGGAACAGUCGCAAGGACAGCACCGAUGGAGCGCACCAGAGCCUAGGCCGGAGUGUUAGCAGUGCAGCGAUAAAGAAAAAGCUCUUCCUAAUCGGCGCCGAAAGUGCAGCAGCAAAAGAACGGACCAAAAAGGAUACUUCGAGGGAAUUCCCAGAAUGUCACUUGCAGGUCAAGGACAAGUCACUCCAGCGACGCAGCGUAACCGGCCUGGACAACCCAGGCUUAUCCGAUUCGACCCAGGAUGCUCCUCCCGCCCCGUUGCCGCUACAUCAACUCGAGGGACUCUCGCCGACGCCCUUGUUCUUCACGAACGAUCCACGAGAAAAACUAGAGAUCAUCUCCGAUCUAACUCAUAAUCUUUCGAUUGUAAUGUGCCUCUACUGUCAGAGCGCCUCUUCGAUGGAAAGUUUACGCUUGCAAACCACGGAGAUGAGUGAGCAGUUGCAGUGCCGCAACCCUCGGAAACAGUCUUACCGACCGGACCUUCAGCUCGAAGAGCUACGGAAUCUCCAAGAACAGCUCACCCAGGAACGAACCGAAUGGCACAAGCAGUGCCAAGCAGAACGUCAGCAACUCGCGCGUCAGAGGGAAGAAAUCGAAAAGCUUCAGGAGCAAAUAAGACGAGAUCAAGAAGAUAUAGAACAACAGAGGGACUGGUUAUUCAGGAGAUUGGAGAAAUUAGAUAAAACCAGAGAGAUCGGUCAGCUGCCUAUCUCAUCAUCAACCGUGUCGCAACAGGGAUCUCCUCUGCAUUCCACACAGCAUUCGCAACAAACGAUCCUACAGACUACACAUGUUUCAUCUCCUCCGAGCGUUGAGAAUUCACCAAGGGGCUCUCUUCAGGGACGCGCAGUGUCUUCUGUAGACCUGAUGGCUCCCGCGAUGCUGUCAGUCAUGCCUUUCGACAUGCGCUCUUCUCAAUCCACGACUUCAUUAUUGCCCUUCCAUCUCAGCAGCCUGGGUGGACCACAAUCUGGAUCAGUGCUACAGUGCUCGUAUCUCACUCACAAGUCGAGACGGGAUCGACAGGAAGACUAG